AUGACGCUGGACGCGUGCCUGGAGACGGCGAAAACGACGCUGACGACGUCGCUGGACGCGCUCGGACAACACUUGUGCUGCGCGGUGUGCCUGAGCCUGCCGAAAAAGCCGACGAAGCUGGCGUGCUCGCAUUAUUUUUGCGCGGCGUGCGCGAAGACGUUGUUCGAUAGGAAACAGCCGUGCCCGACGUGCAGAGCGCCGUGCACGAAGCGAGAGUCGCGGAAGGAUGAGCGGUUUGAGAAGAUUGUGAGCGCGUAUACGAACGUUUUGGCGGCGGUGGCGUCGGUGAUGGAGACGGAAGUGCCGUAUGGGUCACAGAUUCCGGCGACGCAGCUGAGGAAGCACAACGCGCGAGCGCCGCAGCGAAGAACGAGCGUGUCGCAGUUGAAGGAGAUCAUGGCGAACAUGCGAAAGCUUCCAACGCUACCGCAUGCGUUUGGAGAUGAAAACGGAGGUGGGCGACGUGGGAACGGGGCGUUUGAGGAGUUGGUGGGGGAAUUAGAAGAAGCGUCGACGGCGACGGAGGAGACGGUGGAGAGGGAGACGCGCGCGCCGUGGACGGGAGCGGUGAUCGAUCCGAACGCUGCCGUCCAGGGUCGCCAUCCGUGCGCGUUUUGCAAGCGUGGGAGCGAGGUUGGGGAAAGCGUCGAACGUUUCGAGGAGAAGAUUUCGAGGAAAACGGUCGUGGAACACUGUCACACGACGUGCGCGCUUUGGGCGCCGCUCGUCGUGAGCUCAGUCGACGGAGGCUUGACGAACGUUUGCGCGGAGGUCCGGAGAGCGAAAAGUCUGAAGUGUGCCUACUGCAAGAAAGUGGGUGCUCCGUCGGGGUGCAGCGAAUCGAGAUGCAAGAAAUCGUAUCAUAUUUGGUGCGCGCGACUGGUUCAGGGAACGACGUACGACGGCGAGCACUUUUCAAUUUCGUGCCCGGCGCACUCGACUCUUCCUCUCGCGCUUCUGCCCGCGCAGCGACCGGCUACGAGAGCGCCCAGUUUGAAGCGCGCACAAGCGCCGACGAACGGCAAGUCUGCGACAAAGCGUCAAAAGUCGCUCGUUUCCAUCGAUCCUUCGGAUUCCAGCUACGAACUUCUCAAGACGACGCGCGAGACUCGCGUGUGCGGCUCUCUCUUGUCUGACGCCGAAAAGAAGGAAUUGGAAAAGUUCUGCAAGCAGUUUGACUUCGUCUAUGAGUCGAUGUUUUCGCCUCAAACGACGCACGUCGUCUUCGGCAAAGGCAAGGUUGAUUCCGGAAGCAUGGUUUUACGAAAGAAGAGCGCCAAAUUUUACGAAGCGCUCAUCCAAGGGUGCUGGAUCUUGAGCAGCGCGUGGGUGAAAUCGUGUUUGGAACAGCAACGCUGCGUGGAUGAAGAUGCGUUCGAGAUCCAAGGCGACUCGUGCGGAAAUCUCGGUGGACCGAAACGAGCGCGAGAGAACGGUGGCGCAAAAGUUUUCUCGACCUGGCACUUCGUCUAUCUCGGCAAAUUUCGCGACUCGAAUCAGCUCGAGAUGAACAUGCAAUUCGCUCGAGCCGAUGGCGCCGUGGUGACGCGAAUCGAAGACAUCGGCGAUUCAUUGUCGCCCUCGUCCCCGAGGAACUCUCCCGUCGUCGUCGUCGUCGAUAUGGCUCCCAACAAGUCCGCGCAUCGAGCGCCGUACGCCGACGUUUACGUUCCGUUCGCGAAGCGCUUGCCGACACCGGCAGUGGCUAUCGUGACGCUUGACUUCGUGGUUGAUUCCGUCUCCAGCCGUGAACCGAAAGGUUUCGGUACGAGCGCGAUCGAAGCGCUGGAACGAUUAGCUGCGCAAGACGACGAAGCCGCGUUCGACACCGUCACGGCGGAUUCAUCCGCCUGCGCGUAAAUCGCGCGAGCGCGCGCACGCGUGCACACACACACGACAACGCCGACACAACGCUAGAUAUAGAUACGCCCUAUGACAUUCAUCCAUUCACAACA